UUUCUUAACGUGACCUGUCAAAAAGUGCAGAGGAAGGAAAGUUGCCGUUUCAUUCACGUUUGCUCCUCAGAUGCACGGGGUGCGAGUGGGAGGGUCUGCUGUCGUUGAGCUUACACGGCAUUUUUAACGCUCUUAAAAUUGAAAGCAGCGAGGAGGUGAUCAUUAUUACAAGUGUGGAUUACUGUCAGCAUCCAGGUGACUGGACCGAUGAGAUGAUACUUAAACACAACAGCAGCCCUCUCCUGCUCACCGUCACCUGCAUGUGCUUCUCAGGAGGUUUGCUUUGGUCCUACCAAGAAGAGGAUGCCAGUGACGGUGGAGAGGAGUGCUCAGAAAAUAACAUUUCUACAACAAAGUACCCCUGUGUUAAGUCGACUGGAGAAGUUACCACGUGUUACAGAAAGAAGUGCUGCAAGGGCUUCAAGUUUGUCCUGGGCCAGUGUAUUCCUGAAGACUAUGAUGUGUGUACUGGCGCCCCCUGUGAGCAACAGUGUACUGACCAUUUUGGUCGAGUGGUGUGCACCUGUUACCCCGGCUACCGCUACGACCGCGAGCGCCACCGAAACAGAGAGAAGCCCUACUGUCUAGACAUUGACGAAUGUGCAGGCAAAAACAUGACUGUGUGCUCUCAGAUCUGCGUCAAUUCUGUGGGGAGCUACAGGUGUGAAUGUGAGAAAGGCUAUUUCCUGGAAGAAGAUGGAAAAACAUGCACCAAGGGGGAGAGAGUGCAUCUCUUUGAGAAGUCUGACAAUGUGAUGAAUGCUGGAACUUGCUCAGCCACGUGUGACGAUUUCCUCCAGAUCAAGAUGUCCGUCCUGCAGCUUAAACAAAAGAUGGCCAUGCUGUCAAACAGUGCUGAUGUCCCAGAGCAGAUGACCAGCGAGAAAAUCCUGACAUCGCCCAUAUUUUUACCAGGGCCUCCAGGUCUCCCUGGCCCUCCAGGAGAUCCAGGACCAGAGGGCCCUCCAGGACUUACAGGAUUGUUGGGGCCUCCUGGGCCUCCUGGUCCCAGGGGCUUUAUGGGACCUAUUGGACCCACACCAGACCUGUCCCACAUCAAACGAGGCCCCCGAGGACCUGUGGGGUUUCCAGGAGCUCCGGGAAAAGACGGCUUAAAGGGGGAUAGAGGAGCUCCUGGGCCCGUCGGACCACCAGGACCUCCGGGCUCCUUUGAUUUCCUGCUUCUGCUAAUGGCGGACAUCCGUAACGACAUCACUGACCUGCAGAGCAAAGUGUACGGUCGGCCAAUUCACUCUCCAGGGGAGGAUUUUCCUGUGGUCCCUGACAGCUGGAGGGACAGCCAGGACAACCAGGACAAUCUGGAUACAGGCUCAGGUGAGGACUACAAGGACCCUGCACCUCGAACAGGCGGGGGGUCCAAGAGGAACAGGAAGAAGAAACCAGCUCGGGAGAGGACGGACUUUGACUGGAAUAUUUAAAGAGAGUCGGUUCAAAUACUUUUGUCAGGUGUAAAUACUGAAAUGGUUUGUUUUUUAUUUAACAGAUUGUACUGUAUGCCCUUUUUUUCUAUCACAGAUGUUUAUUUUUGUAUGAUAUACAAGAGUUUGUGUGAAUAUUUUUUAACAAAAUGAGCAGACUGUGUAAAUGCAUGUUUUAUUUGACAUUUUCAGAAAAAGAAAUUGGUCCUUCACAGCACAUUAAACAAGUCUCUCAUGAAA